CUUAUUGGAACAUUGAAAUGUGUCCUUAGGAAAGCGCCAGAAACAUUAAUAUUUAUGCGGGAUGCAGGUUGGAACUGCUACAUCGAUUUUAAAUCCAACCUCGGAAUAUUUAAAUAGCCAAGGAACUUGGGUUACGUAUAUUUUGGUGAUCUUAGUUGUACACUUCAUCUUGCUAUGUAUACCAUUCUUUACCACGGCUGUUGUCUGGACACUAACUUGUACAAUUCAUAAUGUGGUUAUGUACCGUUUACUGCAUUGGGAAAAAGGCAGUCCGUAUGAAACAUUAGACCAAGGGGAAUCACGCGUUCUAACUCAAUGGGAACAAUUUGAUGAUGGUGAACAGUUCUCACCGACAAAGAAAUUCUUGUUAGUUGUCCCAAUUGUUUUAAGUGCUCGGUCUCAGGUUGACAUGUCUAUUGGCUUCUUGUGCAGAUGCUUCGACGAUGUCUGGGCAUUUAAUUAGUAUUUAAUUGGUGGAUGGUGACUAGCAGUGGAACCCACCAGGAUGUGCAUUUUGUCCUAUUUGGGACUCAUCAGCUGGAUGUGCGUGCAUUUCUCAAUUUUUACUCGCCAGUUUCUAUACAGAAUAUGAUCCUUUGCAUUGUCUUGUCAAUGCCUCUUCAAUGAUUAUAUUAGCUGUACUACCAAAACUUCCACAAUUCUAUAGGGUUCGUUUCUUUGGUAUUAAUCGUUGGUAAUCGUUGCAGUUUUGUAGUAGUUGUGUAAUAGGGAGUAGUAGCACUUUUAUUGUCUUGUUUGUUCAUUUGUCUGUCUGUCUGUCUGUUUGUGUGUUUUUUAGCUGUUAUUUCUUAUUUGCUAUUAUUCUUAACAUUUUAUUAUGAGUGUAUAGUGUCUUCCUUGUAUUCCAAUUUGUAUGACGUCAUAAUUGGAAUAAAUGAAUGAAUGAAUGCAAAGGUCUCCCCCCACCACCUUAAAUUAAACUGACAUUUUGUAGACCAACGUGUAUAUUCUGCUGUGUACCAACCAACCAGUCCUCGAUCUCUUUGUGAUACUAUUGUAUUCAAACACCUUUUUUAUUUUUUAAAAAAAGACUAUUUUUAAUGUUUACUAGUGGAUUCUGGAUGUGUGUGUGUGUGUGUGUAACAUGCGGUUGUUUUUAUUGUCAAAAUUACCUCUUUUUUUCAAAAGUAUGUUUGAAAAGAGCGCGCGAAUUUUGUAUACAUAUUUAUACACAAUUGUGGUUUUUUUUAUUAUUACAGUGUUGUUGUUGGUUA